CCCCCAUCGAACUGCCUAGCCCAGCGCCUGUGACAGGGUGGACCGACACCCGCAUUCGUUUCGCGCCCGAAAUUCGCUUUACGCGGCAACAAAUGGCGCAGCAACUCGUGCGUCGCCCUUCCAGCAGCCGACGAGCUCGUUGUGUCAGAGAGCGGCAGAAUCGGCCAAAGCUCCUAGACUCGUCAACGCGACGGUCGCGCUGAGGGCGAGGUAUAUAAAGCAUUGAGCAGCGUGUGUGCGGUCAUCGCAACAUCUAGAACCUCGCUCAAGCAUUCAACAUCGCUUCCCUUCACCCCGUCAUGGCUCGUCUCUCGCUCCUCGCCGCAACAGUUGUGCUGCUGCUCUUCGUGUCUUCAGGUACCGCGCAUCGUGGAGGCGGUGGUCCCGGCGGGUUCGGUGGGCGAGGAGGGCCUCGCGGCGGCCGCGGCGGCGGUGGGCACGGGCCUGGGCCGUUCAAUGGGACAGUCAACCGAACGGUGACCGGCAAUCUCACAGGUGGAGUGGCCGCAACUCUGACCAACUGCUCCACUGAUGCCACCUCCUCAACCGGCCAAUUCCGUCUCUCCAUCUUCAAGAACGCGUCUGGGCAGUACAACCUGUGGUACGAUGCAUCCCUGCACGGCGUUGCCAGCGGCCCCCCUGACAGCCUGGCCAUAGUGCAGGGCGCCGCGUGUGACGCCUCCGCCUCCACGGUCCUCUCGCUGCCCGCUACGUCGGGCUGGGUGGCGCACAGCGAGGGCGGGUGGUGGGGCGAGGCGCGCGUGGAGACUAGGCUGGGGGCACAGCUGCUGGGCGCCGAAGCCAGCGCAGUGGACGCCAUUCUCAGUGCCGUGGCCAACGCCACGCUGCCAGCUAAUGCCACCGGUGGCUUCUGGGGUGGCCGCGGUGGGCCCGGGGGCCACGGGCACCAUGGAGGGCACGGGCGUGGCCUGGCUCAGAAGCCGGCGGCUAACAAGCCGGGGGUUAAGAAGCCAGCGGCUAAGAAGCCUGCCAUAACCACUAAGCUCACUGCCAAACAGAAGCUCGCAGCAACCAAGGCUGCCCUUGCCGUGGCCGCUGCUGAUGGCACCACGCUUGCUCUUUUGGCCACCAACAGCACUAGUGGCAUUCAGUGGGGUGGUCUUCUUGUUGGGCUGUUCGCGUAGACCUUGUUGCCACCUGAGCUAGAGGUUUUGCUACAAAAAAGCUUUGAUGUUUGUGGUUGAUUAGUUGAUGAUUAUUAUUUGAAUGUUUAUAGUACAUUCGUCUCUUUGCGUUCCUAGUGC